CAGCUGGAGGAGGAGGAGGGGGAGGAAGAGGAGGCAGGAGAAGGGGGAUGAUCUCGGCCUCUGCGGGUUGCUGUUGACCGGGCUGGCCGGCGGGUUCCCUUCGGCCCUCUCUCGGCUCUCCGACCAAGCUGUCGCGGCGGGCGGAGCGAUGCAGCACCCGGGUGCCCCCAAAGCUUCGCCUCCGCUGCAGCCUCUCUACGCUCCCAAUAACGGCGAUUUCACCUUCGUCUCCUCGGCCGAUGCCGAAGAUUUAAGUGGCUCAAUAGCAUCUACAGAUGUGAAACUCAACCUUGGAGGCGGAAAUGUGGAAUUUAUGAAAGAAUCUACAGCAACUACCUUCCUGAGGCAAAGAGGUUAUGGCUGGCUUUUAGAGGUGGAAGAUGAUGACCCUGAAGAUAACAAACCACUCUUAGAAGAAUUAGACAUUGAUCUGAAGGAUAUAUACUACAAAAUUCGGUGCGUCUUGAUGCCAAUGCCUUCUCUCGGAUUCAACAGACAAGUAGUAAGAGAUAAUCCUGACUUCUGGGGCCCUUUGGCUGUUGUCUUAUUCUUCUCAAUGAUCUCAUUAUAUGGACAAUUCAAGGUGGUAUCCUGGAUUAUAACUAUUUGGAUAUUUGGAUCCUUAACAAUCUUCCUGUUGGCCAGGGUUCUUGGAGGAGAGGUUGCAUAUGGUCAAGUUCUUGGAGUGAUUGGAUAUUCUUUACUUCCUCUUAUUGUAAUAGCACCUGUACUCCUGAUAGUUGGAUCAUUUGAAAUUGUUUCUACUCUAAUAAAACUUUUUGGAGUGUUUUGGGCUGCAUACAGUGCUGCUUCCUUAUUAGUUGGUGAAGAAUUUAAAACCAAGAAGCCUCUUCUGAUUUAUCCCAUCUUUUUAUUGUACAUUUACUUUCUGUCUUUAUAUACUGGGGUGUGACCAAAAUUGCUAGAUUUGAACAAGGACAUUUUGAUCACCAUGAAGACUGAACUGUUGGUGGAUAGAAAA